AAACAGAAAAUCCAGCCAAUCGCUACUUUUUUCCCUUUAAUAACUCAAUAACACAAAUUAUCCACAUCAUAUUCUCCUUUUCUCUCCGUGAUUUUUCCAUGCACAGAUUUUCCCGGAAAAUGAAAUUUUCUCUUUAGAUUUUCCCGAAGAAUGAAAUUUUCUCUUUAGAUUUCCCGAAUUCGAAGUUCCGCGGGACAAAAAAAAAUCUAAAAUUUUCAUGGCCCUUCUAAUCCACUCCCCGGAAAUAUCUGUUGCUCUCCAAAUUGCCCCAAACCCUAACCCUAGGCUGAGCAAAGUCCACAGCUUCAAACCCCACACAAAGACCACAAGGAUUGGGUCAGCGCGCGGAGUGAGAAUUUCUUGCAAAGUGAAAGAUUGUCCAGUUCUGGAUUUGGGUUUGGAUGAAAACGUGAAUUCAUACGGUCAAUUUUCGGCUCCUGUGAAGCCAGAGUCGAAGCAGAGCAAAGAGGAAGAAGAAGAGAAGCAGAAUUACCAUGUUAAUGUGGGAUAUGCUAUUCGAACUUUGAGGGAGGAUUUCCCUGAUCUCUUCUACAGGGAACUUAGCUUUGACAUCUACAGGGAUGAUAUUGUGUUUAAGGAUCCAAUGAACACGUUCAUUGGUAUUGAGAAUUACAAAUCCAUAUUCUGGGCACUACGAUUCCAUGGCAAGAUAUUUUUCAAAGCUUUGUGGGUUGACAUAAGUAGUGUAUGGCAGCCUGUGGAGAACGUCAUCAUGGUUCGCUGGACUGUUCAUGGGAUCCCACGAGUUCUAUGGGAAAGCCGUGGUAGGUUUGAUGGAACUUCUGAGUAUAAACUUGACAAGCAGGGCAAGAUUUUCGAACACAGGGUUGACAACAUUGCUACCAAUUCACCUCAUCGGUUCAAAGUGUUGAGUGUAGCAGAGUUAAUUCAAUCUAUUGGCUGCCCCUCAACAGCAAGACCUACCUAUUUUGAAACUUCUUCACAUCCCGAGAGAACGUAAUGUUGCUCAGGUUCUUCAAAAAGUUUUGAUGUAAAUUGUGUAUAUUAUGUGGUAAACAAAACAUGGAGUUAGAUAUUAUUAUCUUGCUUGUCACAUAAAGCUGUGAGAAAAAGGUCCUUUGCCAUUGAUUUGGUCUCAUGGUGCUCGAUACUGGUGAUAACAGUUAUAGGGUCAUUGUUAUCUAUUGUAACAAGUUGAGUUUCAAAAUCCCUGUAUAUAAUGCAUUUGCUACUUAUGUCUAAUGGCUUACUUCAUCUGUAGAUCCACAUAAGCAAUUUAUGUACUGAUGCUGUAUUCAUAUUCA